UUUAACUUUUAAACAUCCCCAAAAAUCACGUCUCUCUCUACUGUUACUCCGAUGGCUUCCGUUCCCCUAUCAUCUCUCUCCCUCAAUUCUCUCAGCAGCUUCACCUCCGCAGCUUCCGAUUAUUUAAGGUUUGCUUCUCCAACCUUCCAAUUCAGCACCGUCACCAAGUUCCGCGGGGUUAGGUUCGCCGUGACCAGCAGAGCUUCCUCCGUCGUCUUCCGCAACCUCGACGCCGAUGACUUCCGCCACCCUCUCGAUAAACAGAACACGUUGAUUUUGAGAGCGAUUCCUGGACUAACUGAAAUCGGAAAGGUUCUACUUGGAUCUGUUACGGAGCAAGUGAUGCUUCUUGAAAAUAUCGGAACAUCCCUUCUUGUUUCGGAGAAUCAGCUUUCUGAUCUACAUAAAUUGAUGGUUGAAGCCGCGGACAUACUCAACAUUGAUGCUCCUGAUCUAUAUGUUCGUCAAAGUCCUGUACCAAAUGCAUACACGUUAGCUAUAAGUGGUAAAAAGCCAUUUGUUGUUAUCCAUACUAGCCUAGUGGAGCUUUUGACAAGAGAAGAGUUGCAGGCGGUUUUGGCUCAUGAGUUGGGUCAUUUGAAAUGCGACCAUGGUGUGUGGCUUACAUUUGCGAAUAUCCUUACCCUCGGAGCUUAUACCAUACCUGGGCUUGGUGGCAUGAUUGCUCAGAGUUUAGAAGAGCAGUUAUUUCGUUGGCUUCGAGCAGCGGAACUAACUUGUGAUCGUGCGGCCCUUCUUGUUGCGCAAGACCCAAAGGUGGUCGUCUCUGUGUUGAUGAAAUUAGCUGGUGGGUGUCCAUCUAUGGCUGAUCAACUAAAUGUGGAUGCAUUUUUGGAACAAGCUCGCUCUUAUGACAAGGCUUCCGCAAGCCCUGUAGGGUGGUAUAUAAGAAAUGCACAAACGAGGCAACUUUCACAUCCUUUGCCAGUGCUACGAGCUCGUGAAAUUGAUGAAUGGUCAAGAAGCCAAGAGUACGGAACUCUUCUUAAACGAGCAACAAGGAUCACGGCUGGAUCAAAAGUUUUAACAACACCUGGAAGAUAGAGCAACAUCCAAAGCAGUGUGAGAAGCCACACAUAGCAGCAGCCGGCAGGGAGCUUUGGAAAUAAAGAGGGUUUGCUUAGCAUUGUUAUGCACAAAGUCUUGCUGCAACUAAAGUCUGAAGAUUGAAUAUGCAGCUGGAGUCAUAAGUUG